GCAUCGACGGCUUUGGCGGCGGCGAUGGGUAAAGAGGAUAUGGAGGAGGAGGUGGUAAGGCUGGAGCGGGAGUCCGUCAUCCCCGUCCUCAAGCCCGAACUCAUCGGGAAGCUCGCCCAGCUCAUCGAGCGUGAGAACGACCGUGCCGAGUUCGAAAAGUUAUGUAGGAGGAUGGAGUACACUAUACGAGCUUGGUAUUUUCUGCAAUUCGAGGAUAUGAUGCAAUUGUACGUCUUUUUUGAUCCUGUAAAUGGAGAGACAAUUCUGAAGCAGCGGAACAUGACGACAGACGAGAUAGAAACUCGUGAGAUUGGUUUCCUAACAAACCUUUUCAAGAUGAUGGAAAAGAGUAGCUUCAAAUUGUUAUCUGACCAAGAGUAUGAGGUAGCACGGUCUGGUCAGUAUCUUUUGAACCUUCCCAUCGAAGUUGAUGAAUCCAAGGUAGACCAAGAUUUGUGGAAAAGGUACUUUAGAGAACACCCACAAGAUAAUCUACCAGCUUUGGCUGACAAGUAUAUCAUAUUCCGGCGGGGCAUUGGAGAAGACCAGACAACUGACUAUUUCUUCAAGAAGAAAGUGGAUGUGAUCGUAUCUCGAGUAUGGAGGUUGUUGCUCAGAGUCACAAGGAUUGAUAGAUUAUUCUCAAAGAAACAAGCAAUGUCAAAAAAGGACACCAAGAAGACUGAUGAAGUUUAUGAAGAUGUAGAAGAACAAAGCAUCCCUGUUAAGCGCAUUCGCCUAGAUCAAAUGGAGUUAAGUAUAAAAAAUCUACUAGGAAAAAUGACAAUUCAAGAGCCUACGUUUGAAAGGAUGAUUGUUGUAUAUAGGAGGGCAAGUACAAAAAUUAAGCCUGAUCGAGGAAUAUUUGUAAAGCACUUCAAGCACAUUCCAAUGGCCGAUAUGGAGUUACUUCUGCAAGAGAAAAAGAAUCCUAGUUUAACACCAAUGGAUCGGGUCAAGUUUCUUAUUUCUGCUAUUAUUGGCGUGGUCACUCUAAUAAGUUCUCUUGCAAUACCAAAGGCUGACAUAUGGGUCGUUGUAGCUAUCUUGUCUGGUGUGAUUGUUUACUGUGCAAAGAUAUACUUCAUAUUCCGAGCAAAUAUAGCCACUUACCAAAAUUUAAUCGCAAAGUCAAUGAAUGAUAAUCAACUUGACAGUGGGAAAGGAACACUACUUCACUUGUGCGAUGAUGUGAUCCAGCAAGAAGUGAAGGAGGUUAUCCUAUCCUACUAUAUUCUGAUGGAGCAAGGGAAGGCUACUGUACAGGAUAUUGAUUUACGUUGCGAACAGCUUAUCAAAGAAGAAUUUGGUGUGGAGUGCAACUUUGAUGUUGUUGAUGCUGUCAGAAAGCUAGAAAAGCUUGGUAUUGUUUCUCGAGACUCGAUUGGGAGGAUCUUAUGCGUUCCAUAUAAGCAAGCGAAUGAUACCAUAGGUAGUACUACUGAAGAAUUGGUGAUGAAAGCUCAAGCCCCAACUGGCCCAUAACACAUCAUAUCAACUCGUUCAUUAAUUCUGAGAAGAUUUCGCGCUUGCUCUUCGAAAAAGUUUUAUUAGCAGUUUUCUGGUGUACCAAUCUCAAAUAUUGGUCCUGUCAUUCCUUUAAUACGUUCAUCUUUUUUCAGUGUAUGAUCACAGGGUCAACAUGAAUAAGAGAACUGAUUGUGCCGUUUGUGA